CUACCCAGAAUCCCAUCCGUGCUGAAAGUUCCUUUACCUGUCCGCACUUGCCGCUGUGGAGUCUCUGAGACUGUUUUUUCUCUACAGCUCAGUCGCUUUCCCAUGUUUUUAAUCCUCAGGUAACGAGAUGGACUGUUUUAAGAAUUCAAACUGAGGAGUUUAAACCAGUGUAGAGCAGCAGAUGGACUUACAGCCCUGAGCUCAACUAAAUCCGAGUUUCACCUGAAACCUGCUGCUGCUGUUUUCUUCAGAGCUCCCUCCUUUGCUUAGCACUGUGGUAAAGAGAUCUUGUAUAACAGGAAGUAUCUUCAGUUCGCUAUGGGCAGUAAGGAGCGAUAUCACUGGCAGACCCAAAAUGUCAAAGUCAGCGGGGUGGACGACAUGGUCCUCCUCUCCAAGAUCAACGAAGAUGCCAUCACAGACAACCUGAAGAAAAGAUACAUGGAUGACUACAUUUUUACAUAUAUAGGUCCUGUACUGAUAUCUGUGAACCCUUUCAAACAGUUGCCGUAUUUCACUGACCGUGAAGUGGAACUCUAUCAGGGAGCUGCUCAAUAUGAGAAUCCACCACACAUCUACGCUUUGGCUGAUAACAUGUACCGCAAUAUGAUGAUUGAUGCGGAGAACCAGUGUGUCAUCAUCAGCGGAGAGAGCGGGGCAGGAAAGACAGUGGCGGCCAAGUACAUCAUGAGCUACAUUUCCAAAGUGUCAGGAGGUGGACCUAAAGUCCAGCAUGUGAAAGAUAUCAUCCUUCAGUCCAACCCCCUCCUUGAAGCCUUUGGGAACGCCAAAACAGUGCGCAACAACAACUCCAGUCGCUUUGGGAAAUACUUUGAGAUCCAGUUCAGCCGGGGGGGAGAACCCGAUGGAGGAAAAAUCUCUAACUUCCUGUUAGAAAAAUCCAGGGUAGUGUCUCAAAACAACGGGGAAAGAAAUUUCCACAUAUACUACCAGCUCUUAUCAGGGGCCACCAAAGAGCAGAGAGAGAAUUUAGGAGUCACCACUCCUGAUUACUACUUCUACAUGAAUCAGUCUGGUACCUACACUGUGGAGGACGUUGACGACAAGAAGGAAUUCUCUGAAACCAUGAACGCUAUGUCGGUAAUAGGUCUGUCUAUGGAUGAACAAGACGCUGUGCUGCAGAUUGUGGCUGGGAUUCUUCAUCUUGGCAACAUCACUUUUAGAGAGGAGGGCAACUACGCUGUAGUGGAGAGCGAAGACUUUCUUGCCUUUCCGUCCUACCUGUUGGGUAUAGCUCAGGACGGCUUGAAGAAGAAACUGACCAGCCGCGUCAUGGACAGUAAAUGGGGGGGCAAGACGGAGAGCAUUUCUGUCACUCUGAACACAGAGCAAGCCUGCUUUACACGUGAUGCCCUGUCCAAGGCUCUCUAUUCCCGACUCUUUGACUACCUCGUAGACGCGAUAAACAAAGCUAUGCAGAAGGACCAUGAGGAAUUUAACAUCGGAGUACUGGAUAUAUAUGGCUUUGAAAUCUUCCAGCAAAAUGGAUUUGAGCAGUUCUGUAUAAACUUUGUGAACGAGAAGCUUCAGCAGAUUUUUAUUGAACUCACUCUGAAGGCUGAGCAGGAGGAGUAUGUACAAGAAGGAAUCAAAUGGACACCCAUAGAGUAUUUCAACAACAAAGUUGUGUGUGACUUAAUCGAGUCCAAAGUGAACCCUGUGGGCAUCAUGAGCAUCUUGGAUGACGUGUGCGCUACCAUGCAUGCCAAAGGCGAAGGUGCUGACCAGACUCUGCUUCAGAAACUGCAGGCGCAGGUCAGCACUAAUGAGCACUUCAACAGCUGGAACAAGGGAUUCAUAGUGCACCACUAUGCAGGCAAGGUCUCAUAUAAUGUGAGUGGCUUUUGUGAGAGGAACCGCGAUGUGCUUUUCAAUGAUAUCAUAGAACUGAUGCAAAGCAGUGAAUUUGCGUUUAUCCAAGGCCUUUUCCCAGAGAAUCUCGAGGCUGAGAAAAAGGGCCGCCCCACAACAGCAGGUGCCAAGAUCAAGAAACAGGCUAAUAACCUGGUGCAGACGCUGAUGAAGUGCACACCUCAUUACAUUCGCUGCAUCAAACCGAAUGAGACGAAGAAGCCGCGUGACUGGGAGGAGAGCCGCGUGAAACACCAGGUGGAGUACCUGGGCCUCAGAGAGAACAUCAGGGUGCGCAGAGCGGGCUACGCCUUCCGCCGCGUCUUUAAGAAGUUCUUACAGAGAUAUGCCAUCCUGACCAAAGAGACGUGGCCGAAGUGGCGUGGAGAUGAAAAGCAGGGGGUGUUGCACCUGUUGAAGUCUGUCAAUAUGGACCAGGAUCAGUACCAGCUGGGCAAGAGCAAGAUCUUCAUCAAGGCCCCAGAAUCACUGUUCCUUCUGGAGGAGAUGAGGGAGAGAAAGUAUAACGGGUACGCUCGGGUCAUCCAGCAAGCCUGGCGCAAGCAUAUUGCUGUUCGCAAAUAUGUCCGCAUGCGAGAAGAGGCCUCUGACAUCCUGUUGAAUAAGAAGGAACGGCGGAGGAACAGUCUGAACCGCAACUUCAUGGGCGACUACAUUGGCACUGACAAUCGCCCUGAGAUCCGCCAGUUUGUGGGCCGCAGGGAGAGGAUCGAAUUUGCUGAUGUGGUGGUCAAAUAUGAUCGCAGAUUUAAGACUGUCAAGCGUGACCUCAUCUUGACCUCGAAAUUCCUCUACCUGAUUGGCCGGGAGAAAGUGAAGCAAGGUCCAGACAAGGGGCAGAUUCGGGAGGUCCUCAAACGACAGAUUCAGCUGGAGAAAAUUCAGUCUGUCUCACUGAGCACUCUGCAGGAUGAUUUCUUCAUUGUGCACGAGGAGCAGUAUGACAGUGUGCUGGAAUCUAUCUUUAAAACAGAGUUUCUGAGUCUGCUCUUCAAACGCUAUGAGGAAAAGACACAGAGGAAGCUGCCGCUCAAGUUCAACAACCUACUUGAAUUUAAAGUGAAGAAAGGAGGCUGGGGUCCGUUUGCAUCUGCAGGCUCUCGGCAGAUUCAGUUCCAGGUGGGUCAGGGAGAUAACGUGGUCCUCAAGCCCAGCAGCAAGACCCUGAUCGUUAGCAUUGGACCAGGCCUUCCCAAAAAUUCAAGACCCACUCGUCUCGACAAGCGGAAGAGCAAAUACAUGGGAAAAUCAUCCCAGAGCACAGGGAGAUAUUCACGCGAUCAGCCGACGAGUGCAGGUCGUGGAGGGGUAAACCGGGGACGUCAGAACUCCUCUAGAGGCUCUCUGCUUCGCCAGCAGUCUAGCAUGGAUCAGCCCACCCUGCCACGCUACAGCGGUCCUCGCCACAGCAAGAACCAAAACAAGAUCGACACUGAUAUGGGCUUCAUGGGCGUGCCUGACCAAGGAGUAGCAGGACUUCAUCGACGACUUUCAAAAGAGGUCAAGCCUCUCCCUGGAGCGGGGCUGCCGAAACCUGCCCCCAGGCCCAAACCCCGUGCUCCACAGUGCCGUGCUCUUUAUGCAUAUGAUGCCCAGGACACUGACGAGCUUAGCUUCAAUGCAGAUGACAUCAUAGAAAUCGUAAAUGAGGAUCCCUCAGGUUGGUGGUUUGGACGUCUGCGGGGAAGAGAAGGCAUGUUUCCUGGCAACUACGUUGAGAAGAUUUAGAUCAGGACGCUAAUGGAAGAAGAAUUGAUUAUCGAUCAUUAAGCAGCCAAAGAUGAAAAACAAGUGUAGUGGUGACACGAACCCUGGAUACUACAGCUGACACUAUUAAAUAUACAUUUUAAAGAAUGAGGGACAAAAUCAGACACUUGACAUAUUUUAUAAAUGGGUAAUUUUUAUUGUUUUUCUGAGAACUUUUUAUAUCAGAUACUGAAGUUUAUUUUAACAUUAUUUUUUAAACAAUCACAACAUAUUUCUACUGACACAUACACAACACAAAGAGGAAUUCAAAGUACAUAGUUGAUUUCAAAUUGUAUGUAAAACCUAAAUACAGCAAUUUAUUAUA